ACCAAUGGCCUCCAAAACAAUUCUCCUUGUGUGCCUCUUGGUUGCCACAGUGGCAAUAGUAGUUCCAAUAGCUGAAGCUCAACUUGGGCUCAUCAGCGGCCUCCUUGGUCUGAUCCGCAUACAAGGAACUCUGUUUUGCUCUCCCUCCGGAAAUGUGGGCACUGGUGGUGCUACCGCUACCCCGGUAUUUGCAAAUGCUACUCUACAACUGCUGUGUGGAACUGUGGGUAAUGUGAUUUCAACUGCAACAACCAAUAGCCAAGGAAUCUUUUCAAUCUUGUUGGAUCCUCUACAAUUUCUCCUCUCUUCACUAUUGGCGGAUUGCAAGCUGAUGGUGAGGACACCGCUCUCUGCCUGCAACUCUUCAUUGACCGGGCUUCUGGCAUCCCCCUUGCAGUUUAUCGGAAACACCAUUUCCGGUCUCCUCAACAUCGUCAACAUCAUCCCAGGCGGCUUCAACCUCAUCAAUUAAAUAGCGUAUAGAGUAAUAAUUAAAGGAAUAAUAUAGCUACUGCAUGCAGCGGUUUGCCUCUUUAUUUGUAUGUAUUUGAUAUCAAUAAGGUCAAUUAAGGAUGUAAUUCCUUUUGACUAUACCUAUAGCUAGUUGG